AACACUCAACACGACAUGUUGCAAUUGGGUUCACUGUCUCUGCUGCUGCUGCUGCUCCUGGCUGUAGUGUGCCAUGCCGAUGUGAUUCAAUAUCAGAUGUGCCCCGACAGCGUGGAUGUGUGCAGCAUCGAUGAGGUGCGCGUGGAUCCUUGCCCCCAGGCGGCAACAAAUACGCCAUGCCGCUUACGGCGUCGUCAUCCGUCCCGGAUAAGUUUCGAUUUCACGCCCAAAUUCGAUGCGGAGCAUUUGGUGUCCUCGCUGGGCUGGGCAAAGAGUGAAACGGAGGAGUUGCCGCUGCUCACCUUGGAGCGUGAUUCGUGCAAGAACACCCAGUGUCCGGUUAAGGCCAACGUGCAACAGACUUAUGCAAUUGAUGUGCCCAUCGACGCCAAAUUCCCCAUGAGCACCUACACCAUUCGCUGGGCCCUCAAGGAUGAAGUGAGUAGCAAGCGUUGCUGCUUCACCAUUGUCAUCAAGGUUGUGCGCUAAAAUAUGAUAAUAAUAAUAAAAAUAGAAGAAGAAAAUGAUGCAAUUCCUCGUCUAUUUUUAAUUGUUUUUGAGAUUUGUCUUUCAUUUCGCUGAUGGCACUCUGGGGUGCACCAAUAUUCGUCGUCAUUGCCAUCAACCUGCGAGGCUAAUUAAACGGCCUACGGCCUGCGCAUCGUUUAAAUCAACAGGGAGUAAAAAACUUUGAUUGAACUUUUGGGUGCCAUAAAAAGCAUGCCCCAACCCCCUCAACAAGCCACAAGCUACCAGCCCCCACCCCUCCAGCUCUCCGUUCAGUGAAUUUGUGUCUCGGCUACUUAUCAGCGUCGUCAAACAAUUAAAAAUUGAGCACUUAAGUUGUGGUCAUAAAAUCA